AUGUCCGACUCGGUCCCAGCAGAAGACCCGCUGGAAACGUCUACAACCACACGGCGGCUCGGACAUCCAGAGCUGCCUCAACCGGUGACAAAGGUGGAGAGUCCGACACCGUCAACAUCCGCUACUCUUUCUGCUGGGACAACAGGGCCCGUUCUUACCUUGGGACCUCCUGCUACUACAACGGUUCACGAGCCCAAAUUGCAUCAUGUGGUUUCGGCACCCGGAGACGAGCUAUCGCGUCAAUCCCUUGCUAUCAGCGACAGUUUUUCUAUUUCACAUAUACCAUCUGCAGUAGGUGGUCAGGGUGCUCCACAAUCCUCAACCCAGACCUAUUCGCAGACGACGUUUGCGACGUCCUCUCCCGACACCAGCGCCCGAGGAUUGUCUCAGAAACCUACUCGGCGUACCAAAGCCCAUGUCGCAUCAGCAUGCGUGAACUGCAAGAAGAAACAUCUGGGAUGUGAUCCAGCACGACCUUGUCGGAGGUGUGUUCUUUCUGGAAAAGAAGCGACAUGCGUUGAUGUUACGCACAAGAAACGGGGGAGACCCCCGUUAAAAGCGGAAGAAGCUUCUCUUAGAACAUACGCAGCGCAGGUAGAUAAUGCAGCCACAUCGGGAGGGCAACAUGGGUCUCAAUCAAGACGUGUCAUGCAUAGGGCGACAUCUUCCCGUGAGCUCCGCCCCAUGACAGAUCUCCAAAUUUCUUGCGUUCCGCCGCCUGGUACAAUAGGAAUGCGAACUUCGGCCAUGCAGCCGCACAGGUGGCCACCAGCUUCGAUGUAUCCUCAGAACCUCGAUCCUGCCCUAACAAUGCAAAGAAAUAUCGGUCAUAGACGGUUCUCUUCCUCGGGAUCAGCACAGUCUCUGUCAACAGCUUCGCCACCUGGAUUUGUCCCCGUACCCGCUGGCUACAACCCAGCCCUUGGGGCGAGCCGCAUGCACAUGGUAAUGGGAAGACCGAUUUCCGCUUAUGCAAACCCAGGUUUGCAUCCUGCUGCAUCCCCACCACAAUAUCAGCAACCCUUCGGGGUUCCGAUCCCACCAUAUACCGAUGGUACCCGAAUGGCAAAUCGGCUGGCGAUGGGGGAGCCGCCUAUGUCGAGAGACCCCCGUGAAGGUUAUUUAGAUUCUCCAGUUCGGCUCCCCCCUAUAUAUCCACCGACGCUAGCUAGUCCGAGCUCUGGAACGCACGCGCAUCGGUUGAGUGAUCCUUAUCCAGGUUGGUCACCACGCGGCCGUGAAGAAGGAGCUGAGCAGCGGCACCAGCUACCGCCACAUGGAUAUCCUGAGCCACUUUCUCCCGCCAGCCAAAUGCGCCAAGGGAUGUCAGACAUGGGGUAUGGGGAAACUGUUCCACGACGGCUCAGUUCCGGUGACCCUACUGCACAACAACCUUCGUCGCGAGCACCAUCCACUCAUUGUCGGGACGGCGAGUCGGCAACUGAGGCUGAUACCAAUCAAUCAAGGCCUGCAAAACGACGAAAGAUGGCCCUAGAUGACAUGGUGAAUGGCUAG